AUGACCUUUCGAGCGUUCCCCGGAGUGGAAGAUGACGCCACCGUUUCUCUGACAUCCUGCGGGGAAGGACGCGGGGCUCGGACGGGCGGAGCGUCAGUCGAGCGGGGAAACAAGGACGUAGAGGUUGGAGGCAUCGGGUGUCCGGCCAUGAUGGGAUUCGCGGAUCGGGUGUGGAAAGCCCAAAUCGUCUACGCGCAUUUGGUCGCCGGGUGGCUCUGGUGCAUCGUGGGUCUCUGGUGGUUGACGAAAAUUUUGCAGCGGUGGAAGAAGACCGGCCCGGAUGGAUUUCAAGCCUCCCCCUUCUACUGCGCCUGGAAGCGUGAUAUUCCCGUCGAACCCAUCUUCAAGAUCUUCGUCGGUAUAGUCUAUGCCAGCGUGGAGUAUCACACGGCAUUCGAGAACGGCGUCCUCGUCUCCCCGAAGCACUACCAUCACGUGGCGGCGUUCUUGAUCGUGGCCGUGAGCGGGUUCGCGGACCUGGCCGUGAGUCGCAAGAUCGUCUACCCAGAGUCCAUCUCGAACUUCUUCAUGGCGUGCUUCCUAGUCUCCUACUGGUGGAUCAUGGAGAAGCAUAACGACAACAGCAUGAGCGAGGGGGUGUUCGCCGUGGCCAUGCACAUCGGAACGGGAGAGGAUCUGCUGCUGAUGGCAAUGACCAUCAUCGUGGAGGUGCUGCACCCUCAGAGCCUGACGAUCGCCCUCCUCCGACCCAUCAUCGCAUUACACCAGGCCGCACUGUUUUGGACCAUGACAUGCACGCUCUACGCGCCCUGCAUCAAUUGGGAUGAAAGGCACAUCCCGAUCUAUUACGGCUGCUAUGUCGGAUGGUUCGUGGUGGUGACCACUCUCGUCUUGGGCGCUGUGAUCUGGGUCAACCGGACUUUGCGCUAUGCUCAAUGGAAGGACGCGGGGUUAGGACGGGCAGUCGAGCUGGGAGACUCGGAAGGAGAGGUUGGUGGCAUCGCGAGUCUGACCAUGAAGGCAUUCGCAGAUCGGGGGUGGAACGUCGAUAUCGUCUACGCGCACUUCGUCGCCGGGAGUCUCUGGAUCGUCUUGAGCCUCUGGUGGCUGGUGAAAAGUUUGCAGCGGUGGAAGAAGACCGGCCCGGAUGGAUUUCACGGCUCCUCCUUCUACUGUGCCGGGAAGCGCGAGGUCCCCGUCGAAUCCAUCUUCAAGAUCUUCGUCGGCAUCGUCUACGCCAGCGUGGAGUAUCACACGGCAUUCGAGAACGGCGUCCUCGUCGCCCCGAAGCACUACCACCACGUGGCGGCGUUCUCGCUCUUGGCCGUGAGCGGGUUCGCGGACCUGGCGUUGAGGCGCAAGAUCGUCUUCCCGGAGUCCAUCUCGAACUUCUUCAUGGCGUGCUUCCUAGUCUCCUACUGGUGGAUCAUGGAGAAGCAUAACGACAACAGCAUGAGCGAGGGGGUGUUCGCCGUGGCUAUGCACAUUGGAACGGGAGAGGACCUGCUGAUGAUGGCAAUGACCAUCAUCGUGGAGGCGCUGCACCCUCAGAGCCUGACGAUCGCCCUCCUCCGACCCAUCAUCGGAUUUCACCAGGCCGCGCUUUUCUGGACCAUGACAUGCACGCUCUACGCGCCCUGCAUCAACUGGGAUGAAAGGCACAUCCCGAUCUAUUACGGCUGCUAUGUCGGAUGGUUCGUGGUGGUGACCACUCUCGUCUUGGGCGCCGUGAUCUGGGUCAACCGGACUUUGCGCUAUGCUCUAUCCCUGAGUGAGAAAAUACGUACUUCGCACGUGAAUGCCUGCAGUGCUGCAAAGUCUGACUAUGAUUAUCCAGAAAUGAAACUUGCCGGACCUGCUACAACGACAAACGUCUAG